AUGUCUCAUCUGCCAAUUUAUACACACCGUGCUCCUGCCUCAACUUCUACAUCAACCAAGAUUAAACGAUUAAGUGCUACCGAUAUAUCCAUACGAGAAGAAGCUGAGCCGUGUGAAUUACAUGAUCGAUUAUUUUGUGCAAUAUGUCAAGCUGCUAAUGAAGAAAAGAUGAAUCAAGUAUUGAAAAGAUCAAUUUCCUAUAAUGCUGUGAAUAAUGUGAAAAAGAGAACAUCCAUUACUAAUCUUCAUAGAACCUUAUCUCAGACAAGUUGUUACAGUAUAGGCUCUUUACAAUCGAAGCAAGAUCUAACUAGUGAGCCAUUCAACGAAUUUUUAGAUUAUCUUGUCAAUGAUAAUUAUGUCAGUAAGGCAAAUUUAGUAUGGGAAAAUUUACCCAAGGAAACAAGAGAUAUUUUUGUUGCUAAGGCUAUGGCCAAGAAUAAACACAAAGAUCAGGCUCGACAAAUCCACCCAGAUAUCAUUGAAUUACUGCAAAGUCAAAAGCAGAAUCCACACAGGAAGGUACAUACAUCGACUUGGAGGAAUCGCAAGUCCGAUUAUAUGCAGCUGUUUUCGGAUCAUCCAAAGGAUAUUCCCAAUAGAAGGGCUCAAAACAUAACUGAAAUACUGAAUCAAUUCUGUGCAUAUGAUUUAACUGAUUCUGAGAGGGAAUAUAUAAUACACAAACUUAAAGCCCGACAGCAAAAACCUCCAGAAGAGGAGGAAGGGAAAAGAUGUACCAACACAGUGGAAGAGAAUAUAUUUCUUGCACAUCACCAAUUCAAAGACAAGACCAAAGACACUUCUGUUGCAGACCCAUACCUAAAAGAGAUUACUGAAAAGAUAAAUCAAUUGAAUAGUAUCAUGCAACGACUGGAAAAAUUCUCUCCAGCAACAACUCCAAUAACGGCGGAUGCAGAUCUUUCUCUAGGAAGUACACCGACUAGUCCUAUGUUUUCAUCUGGACCGUCAACGACCGCAACUACUUCCGACCAUAUACCGAUACCAUCCUCACUGACAAGCCCUCUUCAAGCUCAAGCAUCUACAAAGGUGACGCAGAAAUCUAAACUAUUAUCUCAUCCAACCCGAUCAUUAGGUACUCGAACUGAAACUUCCAGCAAACACCAUAAUAACACUGAGAAGAAGGAGAACUUCUUCGAUAUGCUUGCUCUUAAGUCCAAGAGAUUUAUGGGUCGGUUUAAACACAAGAAACCGACAAAGCUUGAUUUGUAUAGAAAACCAAAUCCUGAUAUUAGAGUAUUCGUGAAUCCAUCGGCAAACAAAAAACAAAACUCGUGA